GUAUAUUGUUAACAAUCUAUGCAGAACGAAACGGAAUAAGGCUAGGGCUAUGAUUGGUAACAAUUUGUUCAGAAGCUAGAAUAUAAAUAAUUGGCCAGAGAACAUGGUUAUGAAGGUGAUAAUCUUCUGUGCGUUAUGUUUUGCAGCAGCUCAUGCUGCAUUGCCUUCACCUUCAGCAAUAAACUUUCUUGGAAUAGGUUACAAUAUUAUUGACGGUAAUCCCGAUGGAACCGAUAUAUCUAUUGGAGGUGUAGAUCCUGGACUUCUGCCAACGAGAAGAGUGUUUGAAAUGACUUACAAUAAUGGGGAAAAAUCUUCGAAUUACCAAUACGACGUACCUGAUCAGCCUCAGAACUAUGAAAAGCAACCGAGUGAAGAGCCUUCUGCAAAGUUCACCAAGAAGGAAGUGUCGGCAUGGCUAACGCUGGUCCAUCAAUGUAGAUGGCCACCUGGUAGCAAAUGUGAGCCACCAGCUCGUUGCACGGUAGACCAGUGAAUGUAUAGCUUACAACGUCUGUUCGGUAUGUAUGUGGAGGGAACAGUGAAAUUUCACUGUUCCCUGGUAUGUGGUAGAAUUGGCCACCGCCAGGUAAACAGCAGGUUCCUGCAUACAGUGGUGUUCAAUCCUGUCACUACCCAACACCUACGAAAAGCAAACCUUACUCAACACAACCUACACGAACCUCCAAGCAAAUCAGUUUAUUUUACGCCACACUCAAGUUGUGCAAGUAUUGCCACCAACGAAAUGUUCUGGGGCACUGAAAGUUAUCAAACAAAGUUGAAAAGAGAAACUAGUUGGUCAGCUGGAGUUGACAGACGGUUUCUUGGAUAUGAAUACUCCAGGAGUAAAUCUUACGAAGAGGUACAUAGAGCAAUAGACUCCAAUCGGUAUGUGUAUUAUGAAGAUCGUACGGUGUGCAAUCUCGGUGUAGCUCGUUACAAAUCAGAACUUGCAUUCAUCGAUAAGUACCCGCUGACGAAAAGCUUUGUUAUUGAAGCUUGUAAUCUCCCUGCUGUUUUUGACAGUGACGCCUAUAUGGAUUUUCUUGAUGACUGGGGAACGGUAAUAACAUAAGUAUUUCCUUAAUAAAUACAUCACAAAUUAUGUAUCUAGUAGAUACGCCACUGGGCCAUAAAGCCGCGGUCAAUCACUAUGGCGGACGUCAGUCGACGAAUCCAACUCCUCCCUGUGA